CAGAUACCUAUUAAUUUUUAGCAAUGGAGGAUAGAAACAGUGCAUUUGAUUUAUCAAUUGGAGGAUACUUCGAAGAUCCCCAGAGAAAAGAGAUCAAGCCUUUCUUUGAAUGAGCCUCUAAGGCAAUUUGUGAUAAUGAUUCUUCCCAGGCACUUGACCAAUCAGGCUUAUGGGGUAGUCAAAUUAACAUCGAUCACUUUAACCAAAAGUUUAAUUUGCACCCAAACAAAGAGAAUGAUGUCAUUGAACCUGAAGAAUUCAGGUAUAACCCUCCUGACUACCUCUUAUUUGAAGAUGCUGCUCAGAGAAGCCAGAGUCGAUUAAGAGACUUUGGUUUCAAAGAUGAAAGUAAGAUUAAUCACGAAGAAGAAUUCAAAGAAUCAACCGAAAAAGAAGGUUCUGGAAAAACUGUCAAGGCUCAUUUAAAGAGAGAAUCUAAGAGUAGAAACGAAGAUGAAUCUGGCACCAAGCAAGUACUAUCUAAUAGCGAAAGAGCUCGCAUUGCAAGAAAGAGAAAGAAACAAUAUUAUGAUGAUCUUGAGAAGAAAAAUAAGUAUCUUGAAGGGCAAAUAAAACAGCUUGCUAAGGAAGUGAGAUUCUAUAAAGCCCUAGCACAGAAAUCUGCAGGUUCUAGUCAAGAACCUGCCUUUGAUCUCAAUGAUCCUAAAAAUAUCGUCUGACUUCCCAGUGAAUGUAUGAAUAUGAUCAGAUGAAUGCCAAGCGAGAAAGAUAUUUUCCAAAUUCAAAAUAAGACAAGUGAAUCUUGUAGGCCUUUUGGAACCAGGAAAAUUAACACAUUAGACAAGGCUUUUGAUAAGAUUAUUAACAACAUGUUUUGUGGGGGUACCAUGUUAGACCUUUACGCUUGUGAUAAAGCUAUUCCUCAAUCAAAGACCGAAUUCGAAAGCUACCAGAAGUUAAGGAAAUUUCAGAGGCAUGAAAAAUAUCCAGAUCCUCAUUUGAGAAACUUUAUAGAGAAGACUCUUUUUUUUUAAUUUCUCUAAUGAGCAAUACUUGAAUUUCACAGUGAACUACAUGGAUCAUAUUAAAAAAUUGAAAGAAGAAGUCAGAGAAGGGAUUUCAACACUUUAUGACGCAAGAUCCAAAAUCUAUAAGGCAAUUAUGACCUCAGAUUUAUUAAGAACUCAAGGAUGUCUUCAGACAAUAAGGAAGGAGCAAUUGCUCAACAUGGCUGGAAGAUGCACUCAUUCUCAUGCAAGAAUUACUUAUGAUCAAAUUUUCAAUAUUAAAAGAGAGGAUAUUUCGGUGAAAAAGAUAAUGGAAAUUCCAAAUCCAAAAUUCUUUGCCAAGGCGUCUAUUUUUAACCCGCAUGGAGAUUCAAAAGAAUUCCCAAGUGAGCUCACCGAAUUAUAUUCCACAACUAGUUUUAAAUGUAUGGGUUAAUAAUUUUAAGCUUUCUGCCAAUCAAAAAUUUAAGUUCA